AAACCCGGAAGAGAGAGAGAGAUGAUGAAUCCCUUGUGGAUUAGAUAUAGGUAGGUAGGCAGGAAGAGAUUCACCAGCUCACACAGCUAAGCUAAGCUAAACCCACCCUCCCUCAUUUUCCUUCGACUCCUCCAUUACCAACAUUUUCGAAUUCUCUCUCUACACUCUGUCCCUUUCUCUCUCUAAGCUGACGCAGGCAAUGGAGUCUGCUGAGUCCUCGUACGUUUCAUCACCGGAGGCGCCGCGGAGGCGCUCUUCCCCGCCGCCGCCGAAAUCUCCCACUUCAGACACUAUGGAGAAGCCCACGUAUGUUAAAUUUCUUGUAUCAAAUGCUGCAGCUGGUUCUGUAAUUGGAAAGGGUGGUGCAACCAUCACUGAUUUUCAAUCUCAAUCUGGAGCACGAAUUCAGCUGUCACGCAAUCAUGAAUUUUUCCCAGGAACAACUGAUAGGAUUAUCAUGAUUUCUGGAACAAUAAAUGAAAUUCUCAAGGCUGUUGAACUUGUUCUCACCAAGUUGCUCAAUGAGCUAUAUUCAGAAGAAAGUGAGGAUGUUGAACUGAAAACAAAGCUGAGACUAAUUGUUCCAAACAGUUCUUGUGGUGGAAUAAUUGGGAAGCAAGGAUCUACAAUAAAGUCAUUUAUUGAAGACUCACAGGCUGGGAUUAAAAUAUCCCCUCAGGACAAUAAUUACUUUGGGGUGAAUGACCGACUAGUUACACUAACAGGAACUUUGGAGGAACAGAUGCGGGCAGCUGAUUUGAUUAUAUCUAAGCUAUCUGAAGAUUCUCACUACACUCAAUUAAUGAAUGCCCCUUUUUCAUAUCCAGGUGUUUUCUUCUCGGGUUUUCAUGGUAUUCCAUAUACAUAUGUGCUUCCUUCUGUGUCAACAGCAGCCUACAAUGCAGUGAGCUAUGGACCACCUCCACCAAAUGGACCACCGAAUGGGGCUGCAGGAAAGUUUCAGGAUAAUAAGGAGGAUCGAAACAACAGCACCUCGGUCACAAUAGGUGUUGCUGAUAGUCACAUUGGUCUGGUUGUUGGUCGUGGUGGAAGGACUAUAAUGGAGAUUAGUCAGGGUAGUGGGGCCAGGAUAAAGAUAUCUGAUAGGGGUGAUUUCAUUUCUGGGACUACAGAAAGGAAAGUGACAAUUACAGGGUCACAGAGGGCUAUUCAAGCAGCUGAGACAAUGAUAAUGCAGAAAGUAAACUAUGCUUCUGAGAGGGCGUUGGAUUAGUUUUCUGGGUAUGUCAACUGUUUGUUUUCGAGAAUCUAGGUGGACUUGCCUGAAAUAAUUCUUAUACACUGGUUGGUAUUUUAAUGCGUCCACUUGCCUUCUCUGAGAAAUCUGAAUGAUGUGUGAGUAGGUGCAAGACGGGAGUUAUUUUUUUCGUUCUUUCUGCGAGGAGCAUACUUUGUAGGGACUUAUCUAAGAGGUACUAUAUUCCGAAAAGAAAAAUGUUGAAGAAAGCAUUAUUUGUUGACCAAAUAGAAGGAUAGCUUAUUUCUUAAUCUACAGAAUUGUGACUUCUAAAUCUGUAGGUAUUCUGAUAGUAUUACUUUGUUAGUGUUGUUGACAUUCAUAGUCUGAAUUUUUCUUCGUUAUUGAAUAAUCAGAAGCCAGAUUUAUGCACUGUA